AUGCGGGAGCGCAUCUGGGCGCCGCUGCCGCUGCUGCUGCCCUGGCUACUGCUGCCGCCGCCGCUGUGGUGCGGCCCCCCGGACAGCCAGCAUCCGGAGCGGGAGCCCGAGCCCGGGCCUUUGCAGCCCUUCGACCUGCUCUACGCCAGCGGCGUGGCCGCCUACUACAGCGGGGACUACGAGCUGGCUGUGCGAGACCUGGAAGCGGCUUUGCGCAGCUACCGGCGCCUACGCGAGAUCCGCGCGCGCUGCGCCCGCCACUGCGCCGCCCGCCGCCCGCUCGCGCCCCCCGGCGCUGGCCCGGGAGCCGAGCUGCCCUUCUUCCGCGCUCUGCUCGAGCGGGCGCGCUGCUACCGCAGCUGCCAGAGCCAGCGCCUAGGGGGCCCCGCGUCCCGCCACCGCGCCAGCGAGGAUGUGCGCAGCGACUUCCAGCGCAGAGUGCCCUACAACUACCUGCAGCGGGCCUACAUCAAGCUUAACCAGAUGGAAAAGGCAGUGGCGGCAGCACACACAUUUUUCAUGGCCAACCCCGAGCACAUGGAAAUGCAGCAGAACAUCGAAAAUUACAGAACGAUGACGGGCGUUGAAGACCUCCAGCUGGUAGACCAGGAGGCCAAACCACACCUGGAGAGUUACAGUGCAGGAGUCAAACAUUAUGAGGCCGAUGACUUUGAACUAGCUAUCAAGUACUUUGAACAAGCUUUAAGAGAAUAUUUCAAUGAAGACAUGGAGUGCAGAGCCCUGUGUGAGGGUCCUCAGAGAUUUGAGGAAUAUGAAUACUUAGGGUACAAAGCUGGUCUCUAUGAAGCCAUUGCAGAUCACUAUAUGCAGGUGCUGGUUUGUCAGCAUGAAUGUGUGAGAGAACUUGCCACUCGCCCCGGCCGCCUCUCGCCAAUCGAGAACUUUCUUCCCCUGCACUAUGACUACCUACAGUUUGCCUACUAUCGAGUAGGUGAAUAUGUAAAAGCCUUGGAGUGUGCCAAGGCCUAUCUUCUGCUGCAUCCGGAUGACGAGGAUGUCCUCAACAAUGUGGAUUACUAUGAGGCUCUACUGGACGGCAGCACUGACCCAGCAUCUGUCGAGGCCAGAGAGGAUUUGGCGAUGUUUGUGAAGCGACAUAAACUGGAAUCAGAACUAAUAAAAUCAGCUGCAGAGGGUCUGGGAUUUUCUUACACUGAACCAAAUUAUUGGAUUCGUUAUGGAGGAAGACAAGAUGAGAACAGGGUCCCUUCAGGAGUGAAUGUGGAGGCGGCAGAAGUUCAUGGAUUGUCAAUGGGGAAAAAGUCAUUGCCCAAGAUAGACCGAGACCUGAGAGAGGGUGGCCCUCUGCUCUAUGAGAACAUCACGUUUGUCUACAACUCGGAGCAGCUGAACGGGACUCAGCGCGUCCUCCUGGAUAACGUCCUGUCGGAGGAGCAAUGCCGGGAGCUGCACAGCGUGGCCAGUGGGAUCAUGCUCGUUGGUGAUGGAUACAGAGGAAAAACUUCACCCCAUACACCCAAUGAAAAGUUCGAAGGUGCAACUGUCCUGAAAGCACUCAAAUUUGGUUAUGAAGGCCGUGUCCCCCUGAAGAGUGCCCGUCUGUUUUAUGACAUCAGCGAGAAGGCUCGAAAGAUUGUAGAAUCCUAUUUCAUGCUGAACUCAACCCUGUAUUUUUCCUAUACACACAUGGUCUGCCGCACAGCCCUGUCUGGUCAACAGGAUAGAAGAAAUGACCUCAGUCAUCCCAUCCAUGCUGACAACUGCCUGUUGGAUCCAGAGGCCAAUGAAUGCUGGAAGGAGCCUCCUGCUUACACAUUCCGGGACUAUAGUGCUCUCCUAUAUAUGAAUGAUGACUUUGAAGGAGGAGAAUUCAUAUUCACUGAGAUGGACGCCAAGACUGUGACUGCCUCUAUAAAACCAAAGUGCGGGCGCAUGAUCAGCUUCUCGUCUGGAGGAGAGAACCCACAUGGGGUGAAGGCAGUCACCAAGGGCCAGAGGUGUGCUGUAGCUCUGUGGUUUACCUUGGACCCACUUUAUAGAGAAUUGGAGCGAAUACAGGCCGAUGAAGUGAUCGCAAUCCUGGAUCAAGAACGGCAAGGGAAGCACAAUAUCAAUCCCAAAGAUGAGCUAUAAAAACGAGAAAAAGAGUCUCUAUCAAAUAUUUAUUUAAAUUGUUAAUCUUAUGAGAACUUUUUUAUUUUUGUACAGAGCCACAGUAUAAAUUAACAAGUUAAUAUGAGUCAGCAGAUCUCCCUUCUGUGCCUAAGGAUGCUUGCUUUGCCUCAGUCUGUCUGUCUGUCUUGGUUUUCUCAGCAGAUUGUCUUUCAAAGCCCAGUCACCCCUUCCCCACCGUGCGCCCGCGCACACACAUACAGACUUCAUUUGCUGCAGAUCCUAAAACUCAAGCAAAAAGAAUAAGUCCGUUCCUGGUGAGACAACAACUCCCAUGCGUGCCCAGAUCUAAAGUUAGAAUGUGAUCGAACUCAGAAGGCCUUUCUGGCUCCGUGCCUUUCAGCCACUGUCUCCCAGAGCUGAUGGCUGUGACUCUGAAGA